AUGUCAACACGCAAAUCCAGCCGCGCAACCAAAGCGGUGAAAUACACCUCCGCAUCUGAAGGCUCGGAUUUCGAGGACAAGAAGCGAAAGCCCAGAAAGACUUCCACUGCUACCCCCAAAAAACCUGGACCCACAAAAAGGACAAAAGCAGCACCAAACGCGACCACCGUAUCAGGAAAGAAGGCCCCCAUGAACCCCAAGCGCACCGCCGAAUCCGACAACGACGACGACGACGUUUCCACCACCGAAACCGCCCCCAAACCCAAGCGCCAAAAGAAAGACCCCGAGACCCUCGCCCAGGAAGCUCGCGAGAAGCAAGCCAAAGCCGACAAAGCGCUUUACAAGCAGAACUGGCAGGACUGGCUCGCAUCCCACACCGUCGAAGGCGAGAUGCUAGAGGAGGAACCCGACAAGGAAGAGGCCAUCACGCAGACCGAUGCGCUGAAGCAAUAUGGGCUCAAGAAAGAGGAACUAAUGUCUUUGCCGCGGUACGAGAAGAAGAACCCGUUGUACGGCGGGACGAUGAAGUUGUUCCUCGAGGAGAACGUGAAAGAGUUGGGGUUCAGGAAACUGGCGAUCUUGGAGGGAGUGGAGGGGGGUGGUGAGGAAGUGGUUAGGAGGGGAAUGGAGAUUUGGGAAGCAGAGCAUAAAUACGAUCCUGAGUCUGAGAAUGAAGAGAAGCCAAUGAAGCCAGUGAAGAACGACAAGUCCGCGCCGACAAAAGAGAAGAAAGACACCUCAGCCAAACCCGAGAAAACGAAGAAGGAAGCACCAACCAAAGAAAAAACACUCAAACAGAAAUGGUCCGCAUACAUAUCCGCACACACCAUCGCCACUGACGAUAACCUCACCGAAGAGCCAUCCGACGUCAUCAACCAAACAGAGUGCAAGAACAAGUACAGUCUCACGCCUCAGGACCUAGCUUGUCUGCCGUUCUUCCCCAAGAAGAACCCUGUGUACGGGAAGAUUAUGAAGUUGUUUGAAGAGAGCGAGGUGAAGAAGUUGGCGUAUGUGAAGACUGCUGUUCUGGCUGGGGUGGAGGAUGAUGGUGAGGAUGAUGAGGCGUUGGUGAAGGAGGGGCAGAAGAUUUUUGAGGAGCAGCGAGAGGGCGAAGAAGAUGACGAAGAGUAG